AUGUCCUCCCACCGAUUCAAAGUCUACAAGGGAACUCCAACAGGAGAGAUCAUCGAGGCUGUAACAGAAAGACCUUCUCUUACGGGUGAUCAGGUCCUGAUUUCUGUCACUCAUUCUGGAGUCUGUGCAACAGAUGAGCACUACCUUUGCUCAGGAAUUGCACUUGGCCAUGAAGGAGUAGGCAUUGUCGAGAAAACCGGGCCUGCUGUGAAGGCACUCAAAGUUGGCGACCGUGUGGGCUGGGGCUAUACAUCUGGUGAUUGCGGGAUUUGCGACUCCUGUAUCAGUGGAUUUCCCAUCCGCUGUGAAAGUGGCCAACCCAAGAUAUAUGGCUUCGAUUGUAUAGAUUCUGGAAGCUUCGCUACGAGUGCCAUCAGGUCCGAGGCAUUUCUGUUUCAAAUUCCCGAUGAUUUACCGUCCGAUGCGGCCGCGCCGCUCAUGUGCGGCGGAAUCACUGUCUGGGCUGCUCUGACGCUCCACGGAGUUGUCAAGCCGAACGACGUGGUUGGCGUCAUUGGUGUUGGUGGGUUAGGGCAUCUUGCAAUCCAGUUUGCUAAGGCUAUGGGCUGUGAAGUUGUUGUAUUUAGUACAACGGAGUCUAAAAGAGAGCAGGCAACCCAAAUGGGAGCCUCGCAUUUUAUCACGACCCAGAACAAGUCUGAGUUGAGUGUUCCUCGGAAGAUCAACCAUUUGUUGGUCACCGCGUCUAAGGCUCCUGACUGGAAGCUGUUCAUGCCGAUCAUGGCUAAGGGAGGCUCGAUAUUUCCCUUGACGGUGUUGGGCCCUGAUGCCAAACUAGAAAUUCCUUACCUGGAGUUUCUGGUCAGCGGACUUCAUAUCAUAAGUACUCUGCCAAACCUGAUUUCAUACAGGUCCAUGCUCCAAUUUGCAGCUGGGCAUGGUAUUCGUCCAGUCAUUGACAAGGACGAAAUGACAAUUGAAGGGAUCUCGAGGAGCCUGAGGAAAUUGAGGACCGGAGAAAUACGCUACCGAGGGGUGUUGUAUAGAAGCACUGAAGAUUAG